UAUGGACGCCUCUAGUACCAACCAUCUAUGGCCAACCAACAUAAAACCUAUGAUAUGACAUCAAAAACAAAGAAAAGGCAUUUGACUAAUUUUGAAGUGCUUAGCUCCCCAGUACCAAGAUAUAGCCUCUACGUCAAACUCAAUUAAUGCAACCGCAUCAGGAUCUCAUCGUAUCUCUUUUUGUUCUAUUCUUUUUCAAGGUACGCGAGCUGGGCCUCAUCAGCAGGUACAAGACGGACGACAGGUUCAAGAAGAUGUGUGGAAUGCUAGACGGCCUCGCAUUCCUCCCUCCCGACCUUGUUCCAGUUGGGCUGGACUACAUCCGUGGUCAGGCUCCAACAGACCUCGAUGACCUCAUCGACUAUUUUGACGCGACGUAUGUAAACGGAACGUUCCGAGCAGUGUCAUCGAGAGUAGCCGAUGGCGCAUUAACCACAACGAUGCGCCGACGACGCCCCGAGUUUCCGCCGACAGUGUGGAACGUGUUAGAAGCCACAUUAAACAACGAAGACCGCACAAAUAAUGCAUGCGAAGGAUGGAACAGCGGGUUUAGGAAGCUUGUCGGGCACAGCCAGCCCAGUAUAUGGAAGCUGAUCGACUGCUUGCAACAAGAUCAAGCCCUAUCGGAGUUAAUGCUGCUGCAAAUAAGCCGUGGGGAACCGCCGACGAAGAAGACCAAAAGGGCGACAAGGCGCCUACAGGACCGCCUCAGGAACAUCUGCCUGGACUAUCUUGAGCACAAACAAGUUCCAGCCCUUCUGGAAGCGGUCGGAAAUUGUAUUCAAUUCUAA